GACAAGGAGCUCGAGUACAUUGAGAUGAUCGACCGUACUACAUUCGACCAGCUGCUGGAGAUGGACGACGACGACAACCACGAGUUUAGCAAGAGCAUCGUCUCGAACUACAACGAGCAGGCCACUACGACCCUCGACCAGCUACAAGAGGCCCUCGACAAGCGGGACUUGUCCAGCGUCUCGUCUCUCGGUCACUUUCUCAAAGGCUCUUCCGCUGCCCUUGGUCUGAAUCGCAUGAAACGUGCCUGCGAACUCAUUCAGCGAUUCGGUGCCUGCAAGUCAAGCAACGGCACCGAUCCUCUUCCCGACGACAAUGUCGCUGUCGACCUUCUGACGAAGGCAAUGGCCGUUGUUCGCAAGGUGUAUGCCGACUCUGAAGAGUAUCUCCGUCACGUUUUCGAUUGA